UGAAUGUCAUACGAAUCAGGUUCUUUGAUUGAUUUCCUGAUUCUUUUUUCCCGACUGGAACCAGGUUCUUUGACUGAUUUCCUGAUUCUUUUUUCCCGACUCAUAUGAUUUUUCAGUAGAUAAACGGUAAUCAAAUUCUGAAAAAAUCCUCAUUUUUCAUCCCAAUCUUUAUGUGUAAAAAGAAAAUGGCAGUUAAUGCUGCACAACCCGUUUCAACAAACCCAAAAAGAUCCUCUAGACCAGCACAAUCUCAAUCUUCAACAUCUUCUACACAACCACCAAAAUCCCCAAUUUCUCAGCCCGGCCCAUCAAACAGCAGCAACCGGGUCAGUUACACAUCCAAUUCAGGUUUCGGGUCAGGCUCCGAAUACCGCCUCGACACCUCCGUAGCAACCACAUCAGUUUCCAGCCAAGCAUCUCUUUCCAUUUUUCGAUCCUCAUUACCUGAUAAUCCUCAAGUAUACAAUUUCUCCGAUAUUCGUGCAGCCACUAACAACUUCCUUGCGAAACGCUACUCCUCCACGUCAUCCUCUCAAUCAUGGCGAUGUACGCUCCAUGGCAAAGAUGUAAUUAUCUUCCAACGAAGAAUCCACAAAUCAAUGGAGAAAUCUGAAUUAAGAGCCAAAUUAUCAGUUAUUUGUAGAAGUCAUUAUAAAAGUAUAAUUAAACUCCUCGGCGCUUCAAUUUCCGGUGAUCACAUUUACUUAGUAUACGAUUUCGUUAUCGGUUCUAACCUUUCUCUAUGUCUCCGAAACCCUAGAAACCCUAGCUAUACGAUUCUCUCCACUUGGAUGUCUCGAAUGCAAAUCGCUGCUGAUGUAGCUCAAGGCCUUGAUUAUAUACACAAUACUACCGGUUUGGAGAUAAGUCCAGUUCAUAAAUAUGUAAAGAGCAGUGGAAUCAUUGUUACUGAGCCUUCUUUUAACGCAAAAAUUUGCCAUUUCGGAGCGGCAGAGCUUUGCAGUGUAACCAAGAGCAAGGCCGUGACAAAUGGCGGUGAGAUCGGCGAUGAGCCAUCGGCGAGUAAACCUCGCGAGUUUGAAGGUGUGAGAGGUUACAUGUCGCCGGAGUUUCAGCUGACCGGAGUAGUGACGCAGAAAUCCGAUGUGUACGCAUUUGGAGUUGUUUUAUUGGAAUUAUUUUCCGGUGAAGAGCCUGUGAGGUUUAAGUACGACAAGGCAACUGGAAACUACAGUAAAAUAUCGGUUAUAGAGACGGCGAGGCAAGUAGUUGAUUGCGGUGGCGAUGACGUGGACAUGCGGUUGAGGAAUUGGGUGGACCGGAGGUUGAGUGAUUCGUUUCCGGUUGACGUGGCAAAGAAGGUAAUUAGAUUGGCGUUGGAUUGUUUACACGUGGAGCCUGAUGAUAGGCCAGAUAUGCGCCGCGUGGCCGGUAAGAUAUCGAAGUUGUAUUUAGAGUCUAAAUUUUGGUCGGAUCGGGUCAAAAUGCCCACAGAGAUAUCCGUGUCAUUAGCACCUCGAUGAGAUGAUUGAUUCUUUAUUUGAGGUGAAAUGUACUUUUCAAGAGAAUAUAGUUUGGCACAAAUCCACCAAUUAUUUUAAAGGAGAAUAUCUUUUAGGCUGUUAA